AUAUAUAUGUAGUACUUUAUAGGGGUUGAUCACGGAAAGUAAUGGGUUGGCUGAAGAAUAUCCUAAAGGGUGCUUCUUCGUCUCCUACCUCAAACUUCAAACAGGAAUGUCAUAACAGCUAUGGAGAUUCGGAGGAUGAAUCGUUGAGCGACAAGGAUCAUGAUGAAGAUAAUGCAGUCAUGGGGCACUACUAUUUUCCUUACGGUGAAAGUCGACAUCUUGAGGAUCAGAGUCAAACCGAGGGCAAUGAAGGAAAUGACGAUGCUCCUACUGGAGGAUUGUACCGGGAGGUUAUAGAGGAAGAGCUGGCUUUGGGUCUUCAACGAAGUAUAAGGAUAGAGAAUCCAAACCAGCAAUAUGGCAAUAUUGGAAAUUACAUAUUUCAACCUUAUUAUUCUUUCCCUUCUGCCUAUAGUACAUGGUAUCAAUAUCGGCACAAUCAAAUGGAUGAAGAAAAGUUUAUCAAUUGCACGGACACACUUCCAAAUCUGCAGGAAUCUUUUCAAUGCAACUCAUCUAAUCCACAAUCUGCUGACUAUGAGGUUGCUGAUGAAGAUCACCACCCGUAUUUCAGGCCACGUUGCAAAUGGUCUUACACCCCAAUAGUAUGUGAUGUUUGCAAGUACCACGUUCCUGUAGAUUCCAGUGGUGUUCCUCAAUAUGGAGAAGUACCUGUCUUUCACCAAAAGUACUGCACCAAGCACCUCCAUGACGGCACUGCUAUAUGUUUCUUCUGUGAAAGGCUCGAGGUAAGAGGAACCCGAUACUCGUCAUACGAUGAUGGUCGGAAGAUAUGUAGUGAUUGCAAGAAAUCUGCAAUCAUGAAUGAGCGUGACUGUCAACCUCUUGUUGAUGAAAUCCUUAAAUUUUAUGAGGAUUUGGACAUGAAAGUUAGGCAGGAAUUUAUUCCUAUAUUCGUGCUUGACAAGAAGAAAAUGAAUAAAGAACGUGGAGGAAUCACUAGAGGAAGAACCAUAUCAAAAGAAAAUUCUAUGCUUACGAUGAUUCAGACACCAAAGUAUGGACCGAAAAAUAAUAUAACUGGAGUUAAGGAGGAGCCAUUCAAGCUAGUGAGUUACAAGAACGUAGAGUGCAUUGAACUACUAAAUGGUUGCCCCAGGUUGUACAUCGGUCGAACCCUCGCCCAUGAGAUGAUGCACGCUUGGCUUUGUCUUGAAGGAUAUCAGCAAAGCCAAAAGAAGCAUGUACAGGGCUUUUGUGGCCCCUUGCCAUACAAUAUUGAAGAAGGAAUGUGCCAAGUUAUGGCUCAUAUAUGGAUAAAAUCUAAGAUUCAUGAUAUGUCUAGAAAUGAAUCGGGCUCAUCUCCAGGGCUUCAGUUUGAGAGAAAACUCGCAGAGCAUAUCAAGCAUAGUAUUGAAACCAGUGAUAGUCCCGAGUACGGAGAUGGUUUCAGAUUUGCACGUCGCGUGGUGGACAAGUAUGGCCUUAAAGGAACUCUCAACUAUGUACGAAUGACUGGCAACUUCCCCGAGACGAUUCCAAAUUUCCAUGCCCCAUAAUGCCAUACCAUGACUGGAAUUUCCCCUUUCUAUCCAUGAUAUUAUCAUGCUUUUGACUAUGCCCCGUAUUCCGGGCAUAUCAACUCUGUCAUUUUCAAUAUUCGGUCAUGUUUUCAGGUGUGAGCUCUCCAUUCAUGGGAGAAAACUGUGUAAAGUCGUCUAACACAUUUGGUACGCCAGAAUGGAAUGAGACGGAACAAAAUGGUUUUAUAAUGUGAAA